GGGACAAAAGGGACAAGGAUGACACCGAUAUUGAUGGUCCUAGAUUGAUGAAAAGUGGCACAUCGCAAUUAGGCGCAACAAAGAUGGAUGAAGAGGAGGUUCACAUCGCGGUCGGAAAGAACUUCAGAAAAGAGAAGGCUAACAUACUGUGGGCUACUGCUAAAUUCCCAAGGGCCACAAUCGUUCUUCUCAAUGUUCACUGGCCAUCCAAGUGGAUGCCCUUCAUGGGUGGCAAGCUGCUAUACAAGUUUGCAGAUGAAAAGGAGAAGGAGAUGCACAGAGGCAGAGAGACGGAGGCAAUGGUCAGGAUGUUAUCACAAUACAAAAGCCUGUGUGAUACAAGAGAGGUUAGGGCACAUUACAUUACACACGAUGAUAUUCUUGCUGGUCUUGUGAACCUGGUAAAGAAACUCAAAAUUAAGAGAAUCGUCAUUGGCUCAAGUGACUAUUUGAUGGAUGAGAUCAUUCUUAAGUGCAGUAAUGAUCAUCUGAGGCAUACGGGAAGCAUUGGAUAUGGGGGGAGCUCUGAACUGUUGGCAUCUAUACAUGAGCUGAGUGAUGAAUCUGAUGGAUACAUAACACCACAAAGUGAUUUUGCAGAUGAUAUCAUGGAUGGGGAUGGGAUGAUUCAGAUGGAUGGUGCUGAUCAGUCCGCAAAGGAAGCUGAACAAGGCAUUGAUGAAGCAAAUGAGGUGGAAAUUUUCCCGGAAGAGGGCGGUGAUGAACCUGAUGAGAUACAGAGUUCCAUAUGUAUAUCUGAAAAAACUGCAAAAUUGAUGGAGGAAAUGGAGGAACUCCAAAGGAGAUUACAAGAUCUGCAGGAUGAGGGUCAUAAUCAUGAAGAAAACAUCUUGUCACCCAGGGAAAAGAAUGAUUUGCUGAGAGAGAGAACCUUAUCGAAAAAAAGAUACCCAGAGCUGAAAAUUCCAGAUCACAUUGCUGAAUUUCCCAUGCCGCGUAUUGCGAAAGCGACCAACAAUUUCUACUCGCAAAAUCUCAUAGGAGAAGGAGGCUAUGGCCCAGUGUACAAAGGAAGACUAGGUGGUGUCACUGUGGCUAUCAAGUUGUUGAGACCCCAUGGUAAAAUCCAUGGUAGACAAGGUUUCCCAGAGUUUCAGCAGGAGGUUGUAGUGCUGAGCAGAAUCGAGCACCCACACAUCGUGAAGCUGAUCGGUGUGUGCCAGGAAUCAUGCGCCCUCGUUUACGAGCACCUCCCAAACGGCACGCUCAUGGAUGGGCUCUCCAAGGGGCUCCCCUGGAGGGACCGCAUCAGGAUCCUCGCCGAGCAGCGGUCCGCGCUGGCGCACCUCCACUCCAGCCGCCCCCACGCCAUCAUCCAUGCGGACCUGAAGCUGACGAACAUCCUCCUUGAUGGCGGGAACUCGAGCAGACUAGGGGACUUUGGCACCGCGCGCGUCGUACAGAUGAAGCCGCUGGAGGAGGACACCAUCUGCCGGCGGACGAACCCGAUGGGCACGAUGGGGUACAUGGACCCCGUGUUCUUCACGACCGGCGAGCUCACCGCGGAGUCGGACGUGUACGCGUUCGGCGUGGUGAUCCUGCAGGUGCUCACAGGGCUGCUCGACCUCAACAUCGCUGAGCAGGUCCAGGAGGCGGUGAAGAUGGACGCCGUGCACGGCCUGCUGGACGCAUCCGCUGGGAACUGGCCCGGGGUGCAGGCAGAGCGGCUGGUGAGGCUGGCGCUGAGGUGCUGCAACAUGGAGCGGAAGCGGCGGCCGACCAUCACAUCCGACGCCGACUGGAGACCACUGGACAUCCUGCGGACCAUGGCGACUGGAAGUAAAUCCCGGAAAUGGAGUCAGGGCAGCUGA